AUGUUGCUUGUGUUUUGUGGCGAUGUGUACUGUUUUAACUAUAUGCGGUGGUUCAUUCUGCUGUUCAUCGUAUAUCAUCUGCGCCAUGCGCGGAAUCAUUACACAUUUGCUAUAAUAUUAUAUAUCAAAUAUGAACGAAUCGAUAUGUAUACUUCCCCUAGUUAUCGGGGAGCCAAGCGUCGACAGGAGUCUUCCUUGUUAGGCAGAGCAGUCAAUGCGCUUACGGGCUCUUGCGUAUCCAUUACCUUAUCUAACGGCAGUAAUAUAUCAGGGUAUGUGCUGGAAUACAAGAAGCAGCUCCAGACAUAUAAUAUAUACGAAUCUUUGCUUGAGCUACGCAGGCUAGAGGCUGCGGACUCUACAUUCGUGUUACCUGAUGACAUAUCGCAUAUGUAUGAUCGUUUUAAAAACACGCUAUCUGGAUGUAUGCCACGUAGUCAUAUGGGUCGCCAUAUGAAGUCGCACGUUGUACUGGCAGAUGCGACGAUAUGUUAUUCUGGACGUAGUUUUGUGGCCAGCAAGGUGGAAAUAAGCGAGGAAUGUAUAAGCACAGUUGUACCAUCUAACAUUCCCCGUGACGAAAAUAAGCAUUAUCGCAAUGUGCAUUCGGCUGAUCAACUUAAGCGUCUGAUAUUACAGGAGCCGAGUGACCGUAUAAAGAAUGCUGCUUUCUUACGUUGUAGUCGUAUAGGUCAGCAUAAUUCAAAACACUAAUGUUUUAG